UGGGAGAAGGGGAAGCGAAAGUUGCUGUCUGUGGUUGAUAUGGAGCCGGGUCCCGCGGUGUCCCCAGGGCCUUUCCGCUCCUUCAAGGAGGAGCUGCUCUGCGCGGUCUGCUACGACCCCUUCCGGGAUGCCGUGACACUGCGCUGCGGCCACAACUUCUGCCGCGAGUGCGUGACUAGCUGCUGGGAGGCGCAGGUGGCGCCCACCUGCCCGGUGUGCAAGGACCGCGCCUCCUCCGCCGACCUGCGCACCAACCACACCCUCAACAACCUGGUAGAGAAGCUGCUGCGCGAGGAGGCCGAAGCCCCGCGCUGGAAGGGCCACCGCUCCCCGCGCCUCUGCCGCGUGCACCGCGGCCAGUUAAACCUAUUCUGCAUCGAUGACAAGGAGCUACUGUGCUGCUCGUGCCAGGCUGACCUCCGGCACCAGGGACACCGCGUGCAGACAGUGAAGACCACUGCCCAAGACUUUCGGGCCAAGUGCAGGAACAUGGAGAACUCGCUGCGGGAGAAAGCCAAGGCCUUCUUGGCCAUGCGGAACUCCUACCAGUCCAUUGCCAAGCACAAUCAGGACAAGGCUGCCUGGCUGGAAAAGCGAAUCCGGCAGGAGUUUGAUAAGCUUCGAGAGUUCUUAAGAGUGGAGGAGCAGGCCAUCCUGGAUGCCAUAGCCGAGGAGACAAGGCAGAAGCAGCUUCUGGCAGAGGAGAAGAUGAAGCAGCUCAAGGAAGACACGAAGACUCUGAUGCAUGAGACCGACCGGCUGCAGAUGGAGAUGAAGGAAGAUGAUGUUUCUUUUCUCAUGAAACACAAGAGCCGAAAACGCCGCCUCUUCUGCACCAUGGAGCCAGAACCCAUACAGCCUGGCAUGCUCAUCGACAUUUGCAAGUACCUGGACUCCCUACAGUACCGUGUCUGGAGGAAGAUGGUCACGUCUGUUGAAUCUGUGCCCUUCAGCUUUGAUCCCAACACCGCAGCUGGCUGGCUGUCCGUGUCCGAUGACCUCACCAGUGUCACCAACCACGGCUACCGAGUGCAGGUGGAGAACCCGGAGCGCUUCUCCUCGGCACCCUGCCUCCUGGGCUCGCGCGCCUUCUCCCACGGCUCCCACGCCUGGGAGGUGGACCUGGGGGCGCUGCCCAGCUGGCGGGUGGGCGUGGCGCGCAUGCGCCAGGAUGCUGGUGCCGGGGGCCACUCCCACAGCUGCUACCAGGAUACUCGCUCUGGCUUCUGGUACUUGUGCCGCACACAGGGGGUGGAGGGUGACCGCUGUGUGACCUCAGACCCGGCCACGUCGCCAGUGGUCCCCUCCAUCCCACGCCGCCUGCGUGUGGAGCUGGAAUGUGAGGAGGGCGAGCUGUCCUUCUAUGAUGCAGAGCGCCGCAACCACCUCUACACCUUCCAUGCCCGCUUUGGGGAGGUGCGGCCUUACUUCUACCUGGGGGGCACACGGGGGGAUGGUCCCCCCAAGCCUCUGCGCAUUUGCCCCCUGCGCAUCAGCAUCAAGGAGGAGUUAGAUGGUUGAGGCCAGCCCGGAGCCUGCCAGAUGCUGCCCGGGUGUAUGCCAUGGUCCUGCUUUCUUUCUGCCCCACUUCCUAAAGCCCACUCACCUGGGCACCUCUACCUCCUGCCUUCUUGCCAGCAUCUUGCUACUGACUGAUUCUUCUCCGCGGCUCCAGGCCCCAAGCCUCCCUCUUCACUUUUGGUCUUUACCCACAGUUGAAAGUCCUCCAUCAGACCAUCUUGCUAGCCAGGCUCUCCCUGGAGUCAUGGCAGGAUGUGAAUUUUCUAAAUCCUAAUAUCCCCAUUUCUGGGGACAAUGUUUGCCUAUAGAGUAGACCUGUUUUAAAAGUUUUUAAAUGUAGGUUUUAUUAUUCAGGUGUGGUGAGGCCAACAGACCAGGAGACAACUGCCAUUGAAAAGAGUUUGUUAAAGUUGCCAAGAGAGGCCUUGCAAUUUGGGGGUGGGCGGCACGCACAGGGAAGCACCAGGUCCCCUAGGAAGCAAGAGAGAGUGGAGGGGGCAUAGGGGGGAGACUUGUGGUUUCCACAAGAACGAACAGGUGAGGCAGGUACAGGGUGGACAGGUGUAGGACCGGAUAGUUUAGCCCCAGGAGGGGCAGUUCCCCAUGGUCAGUGAGCUCCACAUUUCGGAGUAUUAAGGAUACAGAAAAUAGCGAAAUACAGCUAAUGCAGGCCCCUGGCCAUGGCUUUGGGGCUGAACCAGGGCUUGGCGUAUCUUGUCACUAAUAACCAGUAUUUUAAAAUUGCCUCACGGAGCCUCCCUGCAGCCCCUCAAGGUUCAAGGCAAGGAUGCCUAUCAGAUCAACCCUGAUUUGUCUCUGGAUAGUUUUUGGACAAUUUCCCCUGAACCAAGGAUUUCAAAGUGCUUAAAAAUACAGCUUUAAAACCAGUUUGGGCCCGUUUCCUUUCAGGUCCUCAGUUUCCUCAUCUGUAAAUUAGAACAGGACUGGAAGGUGAUAUGCUUCUCUCAUUGCUGUAAAGGAAAGUCCCUCUGGUCACGGUUACAAAGGUACGAGGAGGGAAGGAGAGAGGGUGCAGUCCGGGGUGCACAGGGAGUGAGAAGCGAGCGAGAUGUGUCUGCUGACCUCAGCCUGCUUAUUCUUGCUCUGCUGCCUUUAGUGUUCUUAUCCCAAUUUCUUCUCCCCCUGUACCUCCACCUUUUUUACCUCACAAAUGCCAACAGGUAGUUUUUAAUGUUUGAAUCACCAUGUCCUGGGGACGGCAUUGGAAAAGGGAACAUUCUACAGUCGCGGUAUUCUCCCUGGGGGUGGCACGUUCCUGACCAAGGAUUCCUUUUUCCUGCCUGUACCUCUGGUUCACAGAAAUGGACAUUUUAAACAGAAAUGAUGAUUCAAAACUACAACUUGGUUAUAGCCGUGGUGCAUACUUUGGUAGGGGCCACACGAGGGACAUGAUAGGAAAUGCCACUGAGCGAAGGCAACCAGGUUGGGAGAGGGAGGAUGUUGGCGAACCGGUGAGCAGUCCCCUUUAAAGGCACUUAGACUCAGAAAAGCUCAAGGCACUUUGAUACCAAACACAUCUGAGGCCAGUGUGCACUCUCUCAAAGUAUUCAGCCCUUCUAAUGUAAUUUUUAUAUCGUCGUCUUGACCAGAAAUUUUUUUGUUAUAAUAAACUUCUUGAAGUGUUUUAUAUUUCCACCUUAGAUGUUGGAAGAGUUUUUUUAUAGAAUAAUUUCUAUAGCC